AAUAGAUACUUUUUGAGUGGUCUUUCUUGGCAAGUGAAUACCUACUUGCACAUCUAAAAUUUUAUGCAUCACAACCUUGCGUGGUCACUUUACAGCAAUAACAACAAGGCAGACAAAUUUGAGAAAGUAGACAUCAUCACUCACUCGCUACGUCAAUAUUCUCUUCAUCUUCAAAUCUUCAAUAAUAUUUUUUGUAUGCACUUUUUAAAGAAAAAUUACAAACUUCCGCAAAAUUCAGUCUUCUUCCUGUGUGUAUCACUCACAUUAGAUCGAGCAAAAAUUAUGCUUCAUUUCAUUUCUGAUUGUCGAAGUGUGACCACGCAUCAUUUUCAUUUUUAUACAACUCCAGAUCUCACCCACGAAUAGGAAUCAUGUCACAAAAAUAUUUGGUCAUUCUUCUAAUCGGCGUUACCAUCAUCGCUUUUGCAGACUCGAAACGGUUCGGGCUUCGGAAUCCGCUCCUCCUCAACAAUCAGACCCCGUUCGUCCUCCUCUAUGAACACGAAUCUUUCAGAGGCAAGGAACAUGUCCAAUUUCUCGGAAAGACGUGCACCACUCUUGCUCCGCAGUACGCCAACUGGACCUCGUCCAUAGAUUCGCAUCGAAGCUGCGUCUCUGUCUGCCAAGACACCAAUUGUGAAGGGCCGUGUCGAAAAGUGUUCUCAAAUCAAGGAAUCAGUCGGUUAAGUCAGACCGGAUUCAAUGACAAUAUCCAAUCUUUGAUUAGUUGCUAUUUCUGAUUUCUUGUCGAUCUCGAUUAUUUUAUUUGGGUAAUAAAUAAAUAUGUCCUUGGUGGAGGUGGUAAUACGGUAAUAAGUA